AUGACUGGUCAAUAUUCUGUCGACAUUCACCCGGCGAUGCCUAUUUUUGAGAGUGCUCAACAAACCGUAACUGAAGACAUCGAAGAACUUAUUCAAGAUUGUGGAGAUGGUCGUUCGUCACCGCAUUGUUGUAUCUACAGGGUGCCCAGUAGGCUCCGUAACCUUAAAGGAAAUGCUUACACUCCAAAAGUUGUUUCCAUUGGCCCCUUUCAUUGUCACAAAAGGGGGCUGCAAGACAUGCAAAGGCAUAAACAUAUAUUGUUUAAAAGAUUUACUCAAAGAACCAACUCAAGUUGUUGCGAAUUGGUUGAAUUUGUACAAAAGUUAGAGCCACAAGUCUGUGCUUCUUACUCAGACACCAUUGACCUUACUGAAACAGAACUUGUGAAACUGACAUUAAUGGAUGCCGUCUUCAUUAUUGAACUCUUCAUCAUGUCCUAUUUGGAUGAGGUACACAACGAUGCUAAAUUGUCACAGCCAUGGUUAGCAGAUUCUAUACUUCUAGAUCUACUUUUACUUGAGAAUCAACUUCCAUUCUUUGUUAUUGAAAAGUUGUUUAAUGAAGCUUUGCCCCAUGAUCGUCGCGGUAGCCUCCCUUCAUUUCUUGAGCUCACUCAUAACUAUUUUUGGUAUCACAACGGACAAGAAUUAGAACCUCAUUCUACUGUUGAGCUAAAGCAUUUUACAGAUCUCCUUAGAUUGUUUUACAGGAAAAGAAAAACGUUUGAAAGGAAGCCAAACCCAAAUCAUUUUUCUGAUCUCCUUAGAUGGUUUUGCUUGAAAAGAAAAAAGUUUGAAAGGAAGCCAAACCCAGAGGUUGAGGAUGAAUGGAUGCGAGUCCCAAAGGAUGGAAGCCAUAUUCUUUUAUACAAUGCAAAUGCAUUGGAAGAAGCAGGCGUAACGUUGAAGGAUUGUGAGAGCAAGUGCUUAUUGGACGUGAAAUUUUCAGGACAUAUUCUUGAAAUUCCCCAUAUUGUGGUGGAUGACAAUCCUGAACUUUUGUUUCGUAACAUGAUAGCAUUAGAACAAUGCCAUUAUCCUAGAAAUGGUUACAUUACUGAGUAUGCUCUUUUGUUGUAUUGGCUAAUAAACACAGAAAAGGAUGCGGAUCUCCUCGUUCACCAUGAAAUAGUUGGGAACUAUUUAGGUGAUACGAAAAACGUUGCCACGUUAUUUAAUGGUCUUUCAGACAAUAUCGUUCAUUCAGCUAUCAGUACUCACUAUUUGAAGACUUGCCAAAAAUUGAAUAUGUAA